AUGACUCUCACGUCGGGCCUCACAGGUGCCGAGAUUGCCAAACACAACGAUGCCAAGUCGUGCUGGGUCAUUGUGCACGGCAAGGCCUACGAUGUCACCGAGUUCCUGCCUGAACACCCUGGCGGCCAGAAGAUCAUCCUGAAGUACGCCGGCAAGGAUGCCACCGAGGAGUACGAGCCCAUCCACCCUCCCGACACCCUCGACAAGUACCUCGACAAGUCCAAGCACCUCGGCCCCGUCGACAUGGCCUCUGUCGUCGUCGAGACCAAGGAGGAGGAUCCCGACGAGGUGGCCCGCCAGGAGCGCUUCAACCAGCGUCCCCUGCUCGAGCAGUGUUACAACCUCAUGGAUUUCGAGGCUGUCGCGCGCCGUGUCAUGAAGAAGACGGCCUGGGGCUACUACUCGUCUGCCGCCGACGACGAGAUCACCCUGCGCGAGAACCACGCCGCCUUCCACCGCAUCUGGUUCCGCCCACGCAUCCUCGUCGACGUCGAACACGUCGACUUCUCCACGACCAUGCUCGGCACCAAGGUCGACAUGCCCUUUUACGUGACGGCCACGGCCCUCGGAAAGCUGGGCCAUCCCGAGGGCGAGGUUCUCCUCACGAGGGCCGCCGCCAAGCACAACGUCAUCCAGAUGAUCCCGACCCUCGCCUCGUGCGCCUUUGACGAGAUGCUCGACGCCGCCGCCGCCGACCAGGUCCAGUGGCUGCAGCUCUCGGCCGCCGCGAGAAGGACAUGCGCAGCAAGUUCACCGACCCCGGCAGCAACGUUCAGUCCGGCCAGGCCACCGACACGAGCCAGGGCGCCGCGCGCGCCAUCUCGACCUUUAUCGACCCUGCCCUGUCGUGGAAGGACAUCCCCUGGUUCCAGAGCAUCACCACGAUGCCCAUCAUCCUCAAGGGUGUCCAGCGCGUCGAGGACGUGCUGCGCGCCAUCGAGGCCGGCGUCCAGGGCGUCGUGCUGUCGAACCACGGCGGCCGCCAGCUCGACUUUGCGCGCAGCGCCAUUGAGGUCCUCGCCGAGACCAUGGCCGUGCUGCGCGAGCAAGGGCUCGAGAACAGGAUUGAGAUCUUCAUCGACGGCGGCGUCCGUCGCGCCACCGACAUCAUCAAGGCCCUGUGCCUCGGCGCCAAGGGCGUCGGCAUCGGCCGCCCCUUCCUCUACGCCAUGGCCGGCUACGGCUUUGAGGGCGUCGACCGCGCCAUGCAGCUGCUGCGCGACGAGAUGGAGAUGA